GCGCAAUCCGGUACCCGCCGCUGUGAGGAGGAGAGGAGGUGCUGGAUUCUCUCGCGAGGAAGGACGCCAUUAUCGCCCACAAAACACCACGAGAACUCGCCCCCAAACGAAUCCCCAGGAACUCUGCGCAAGCAGCAGCCAAGAAAGAUUUAUAAAUGAUGUCAGGAGAGGAGCUGGCGGACGUGGUGCAGAUAGCAGUAGAAGACCUGCAUCCUGAUCAUCACCCUGUUGUUCUAGAGAAUCAUGAAGUCUCAGACGACGACUUGGCGCCUUCACUAAAACGACAGCGCAUAGAAAUCAACUGUCAGGAUCCCUCCAUAAAGUCCUUCUUGUUCUCCAUCAACCAAACGAUCUGCCUGCGUCUGGACAGCAUUGAAUCCAAGCUGCAAGUUUUGGAGGCAACUUGUAAGUCCUUAGAGGAGAAGCUGGACCUGAUCAUGAACAAACAGCCCACCCCAAUCCAAGUACCCAUGGUGGCUGGGUCACCUCUUGGAGCCACACAGACGUGGAACAAAGUCCGAUGCGUUGUUCCUCAGACGACGGUAAUCCUGAAUAAUGAAAGACAGAACUCUGUAGUGGCCAAACUGGAGGGUCCGGAGGAAUCGAUGAACCGAGCAACAGAAAGCCUGGAAAAUAUGCUGAAUAGCACCAACGGACGUAGGCACAAUACCAUCGUGGUGAAGGUCCCAGGCCCAGAUGACAGCCACAAUGACGAUGACAGUGGGUCUGAAGCCAGCGACACCUUGUCCAACUGUGGCCAGUCCGGGAGCUCCAACAUGGGAAACAACGUGACUCUCAUCACCCUCAACGCAGAAGAGGAUUUUCCGAAUGGCACAUGGCUAGGAGACGAGAAUAAUCCUGAGAUGCGCGUUAGAUGCCCCAUCACAGCCGCCGACAUGCUGCACAUCAGCACCAACUGCCGGACAGCAGAGAAGAUGGCACUAACGCUGCUUGACUACCUUUUCCAUCGUGAGGUGCAGGCAGUCUCCAACCUCUCAGGACAAGGGAAACAUGGGAAAAAGCAGCUCGAUCCAUUGAUGAUUUACGGCAUCCGUUGUCACCUUUUCAACAAAUUCCGAAUCACAGAAUCCGACUGGUAUCGUAUCAAGCAGAGCAUUGAUUCCAAGUGCCGCACAGCCUGGCGCAGGAAGCAGAGAGGACAGAGCCUGGCAGUAAAGAGCUUCUCCCGACGAACGCCGUCUAAUUCCUCGUACAGCACCACAGAUGGCGUGCAAAAUACCGUAUCGUCCUCCAGCGACCUCCAGCAGGCGCCGUCCCAGGCCCUACACUACGCAUUGGCUAAUGCCCAGCAGGUGCAGAUCCACCAGAUUGGAGAGGAUGGUCAGGUCCAGGUGGGACAUCUGCACAUCGCACAGGUGCCGCAGGGGGAGCAGGUCCAGAUCACGCAGGACAGCGAGGGGAACCUACAGAUCCAUCAAGUCCACGUGGGUCAGGACGGGCAGGUUCUCCAAGGAGCACAACUCAUUGCUGUUGCCUCUGCCGACCCAACGUCUGGUGUAGUUGAUGGCUCUCCCCUUCAGGCCAAUGAUAUCCAAGUCCAGUAUGUCCAACUUGCCCCAGUUAGUGAAUCCUCAGCAACAGCUCAGGCGGUGGAGCCCCUGCAAUCUGCGCUACAACCAGAAAUGCACAUUGAACACGAAGCGAUCCAGAUCCAGUAACGAGAGGAUGGAUCGGACACAACUGCUUAGUGCACAAUCUAGGCUGCCACGGAAGGACUUGUGUGGCUGCUUCACAUCUAUUCUGCAGUCUGGUCCUGUAAGAUGUCCACAAGUCAUCGUUUCAAUGAUUUGUACUGGAUUAUUCCCUAUUUUUUAUAUGGUUUCUAAGCGCUCUCUUUCAUAGCGUGUUCAUUAAUGUCACUAUACAUUUGUGUUUCUCUGCAUUUAGUAAACAUUCUCAUCCAUGACAAAUAUGAGGCCAUUCACAAUCUGAUUAGUCCAGGAGCUUCAUGUUCAUACAUUGAAAAGGGUUGUCCAGAAUGUUACUAUUGAUGGCCUGUCCUCAUGCCAAAAAUGUCUUAUGGUGGGGGUCUGACACCCCACACCCCCUCUGAACUAGGCAAUGAAACUACACAUCCAUUAUGUGGUGGAUGGAGCUGGUUAUUGCAGUAUUGCUCCCACUGAAGCGGAUAGGGGCAACCCCGCAGUCCUGUCCACUACUCAGGGACUGAGAUCGAUAACUCCCGGCCAAAACACAAAUUAUAUUGCAUUAUCUGUCAGUGGAGGAGGAGGCCAUGCAGACGCAACCCCCCCACAGUAAAUAUUCAGCCCUAGACGGGAUUCAUAUUAGAAUCCUCACUGGGGGACCCAAGCUUUCUACAUGGAGAUUUCUAGAUCUCUGCCACAGGAUUCAGCAGGACCGCACUUUGUGACAUCUAACAUCCAGCGGGUCGCUUCGAGAACUGUGGAGGUGAAAGGACUUUCCCAUUUAUCUAUGGCUCUAUGUUUAGACGUGUGCUCGUAGCCUGGAAUCGAGGAGGCAUCGCACUGCAUGUCCUGGU